ACUUAAUAUACACAUUUCUGAUAAGCUUAAUGUGAGUCCACACCUCUCUCCCAUAUUUAUGUCUCUCUGUCUCUAGCAUUUUUGGCUGUCUAGGAUCAAAGAUGAAGCCUCUGAUUCGACGUCUGUCACGAAUCGCAGACUCAUCCUCCUGCAACCGAAAUCGCAGCGGCGAUAUCCAUCACCCGACGUCAACGUACUCCUCUUCAGUUUUCUUGGUCAAGCGAGCAACCGUCGCGUCGAGUGUUCCUUCCGGUCACGUUCCCGUCAACGUAGGCGAAGAUAAGGAGAGGUUCGUGGUGAGUGCAGAGCUGCUGAAUCAUCCUGUUUUCGUUGGAUUGCUGAAUCGAUCAGCUCAAGAAUACGGAUACACUCAGAAAGGAGUUCUUCAUAUUCCUUGUAACGUAUUCGUGUUCGAGCAGGUUGUAGAGUCUCUCCGAUCUGGCAUCGCUGAUGAUACAUCGGAGCUCAUUGCAUCGUUAUCUGGUGAAGAUGUAUCUACAGAGUAGAUGAUGAUGAUUCUGUUUUUUUUUUGUUCUUCGAUCUUCUCCUUUUUUAUUUGAGUGAUCGGAGAAAUUCGUCUUGAUGAUUUGGAUAUGAAAAUUGUUUUUUCGAUUUUAUCUCAAAAUUAUCAAUUUAAUUUGUACUGUGAAAUAAAAUUGAAGUGACAAAA